AUGUUACCGGUUUCACGAUCUGAUGGUCAUAUGAACCUCAACUACAUCCCGACCACUCAACCAAUGUCCGGAACGUCAACAGGCCGCAGCUCUCCGAGCGACUUAUCUGCCUCGGGUGCUGGUAAAUCGCCUUUCGGUCCCCCCAAUGGACUGAGCAACGCUGCAGGAUCUAUUGGAAGUGCACGGUUAGGGGCUGGAUCCCCUUCUCACGAACUGGGGGCUCGUUUGUAUUCGAAACGGGCACGAGAAAUUCAAGCACAGGAAGGUGUGUCUCCAAGUAUCUGGGGCCCUCCUACCAGUGGCCAUUCAACCCCGUUGCGUGAAAACAUACCCGAGUCUCCAAGCCAAGAUGGCUUUCCGGAUCUGAUGCCUCCCCCCAGUAACACAAUCAAUAGUCCUGGUCGCAGAGCCAGAGCUGGCACCGUUCCCUCUCGGUUUUCGCCUGUCGGUACGCUCAACGACGUAAAUGUUCAGCAGCCUUUUAUGUCUCAAUCUUCCCGCCCCACGCCAUCCACAAGCCCUUUCCGUCCUCCGGGUGUGUCCGGAAUUGAUACUGGUGCUAAACCUGCGACCGCAGCUGGCAGCGGUAGUACGGGUAAUAUGUCGCGCCUUCGGGCGGGCUCAAUGCCACAGCGAACCAACUACCUAGGAAGCUCGAGCCCCUUCGGUCCUUCCCUAUUCUCGACUGCCUGGUCAACUGGACGGGAUCGAGCAUCGACCCUUACUAGUAUUCGGUCUUCCGAAGGUCCUGCCUCCCCAAGCCAAUCUUCAUUCUCAAGAGAUGGACUUGCGGACACGGACGUGAAGACCUUGGACUAUUUGGGUUUGGCCGAAACCCCUCAGCAAGCACGAGCCACUCUUGUGCGACCAUCUGUCGAUGUUCUCCUUCAACAGCAGCAGCAACAGCAGCAACAGCAACAGCAAGCUUCUGCGCUUCCCCCGCUGUUGGCUGAACUGGCAAUGAUGAAGAACAACAACAGAUUCCGGUCGUACUCUGUCAAUGCCAAGGAAAAGUAUGCGGAUGAUGAGGAUCUGGAAUACGAGAACCGCUACUCCCAGGUUCCUUCAGGCGCAGCUACACCUUCAGCGGCUGCAACGGCAGCUCAACUCGCUGCCACCCAGGCCCAGAUCCAUCAACACAAUCUCGCUGUGCAAGCCUUUGCUAACCACGCAUCCGUCAGCCGGCCUCGAGCUAGGACUGCUGGUAUUCUGGAGGCACCUCCUCAGCGAUCUUCGAUUCGCAAUUACCUCGCCACCCCUUCACGGCUCGACAACAGCUUCAGUGCAGCUGAUCUUCACAUUGCGGAAAAUGGAGAAUAUGAUGAGCUCUCUGAAGCCGUGCAAAUGAUGCACCUUGGUGGAGCUGCCGCUCCAAAUAUGGGUAUCCGGUCAACUGGUGAGAUAGCCGAUGAAAACAACCAAGACGGCCCAACUCGAGCAUUGUGGAUUGGUAGCAUCCCUGUGUCUACGACUGUCACUUCUCUCGAGGCCAUCUUUGGCAUGUAUGGCAAAAUUGAAUCGACCCGUGUGUUGACCCACAAGAAUUGCGGAUUUGUCAACUUUGAGCGCAUUGAGAGUGCCGUGCAGGCUAAAUCCUUGCUCAACGGCAAGGAAAUUUUCCCCGGUGCAGGACCUGUGCGAAUUGGCUAUGCCAAGGUUCCAGGAACAUCUGCAUCUGGAACACCCGGAGCCAAUGGAAUCCAGUCCUCGCCAACUCCUGACCCGAACUUCAAGUCCAACGCUGCUGGUGAUGGCUCUGACAGGAGCGACGCCCUCGGUGUGAAUGUUCCGCAAAUACCAGCUCUCCCUGACCUUCAACCGGAAAUGGCACAGAUUGUUAAGGAAUUUGGUGCCACCGAUGAUGAGUCUGUCAACAUCACUGCGAGCAUCCAGCGGGCAAUCAACUUCCAGGCAUUUGAAGAUGAAAUCCCCUCGGUUCCUGAACCUAGCCAGACCAGAAUGUUUGACGCGCCGCGCCUUCGUGACAUCCGAAAGAGGAUUGACAAUGGAGCUUGCUCGAUUCAAGAAAUCGAGGAGACAGCCGGUGCCAUGCUCCCGGAAAUUGCGGAGCUGGCUUCGGACUACUUGGGUAACACCGUUGUUCAGAAACUCUUCGAAUACUGCUCUGAACAAACAAAGGAGCAGAUGCUCAUCCCAAUUGCACCCCACCUUGGCGAAAUUGGUGUUCACAAGAACGGAACUUGGGCUGCUCAGAAGAUUAUCGAUGUCACCAAGACGCCAUCCCAAAUGAACAUCAUUGCCGAUGCUUUGCGACCUUACACCGUCCCUCUGUUCUUGGACCAAUACGGAAACUACGUCUUGCAAUGUUGCCUGCGUUUUGGCAGUCCUUACAACGACUUUAUUUUCGAAACUAUGCUUAGCCGCAUGUGGGAGGUCGCUCAGGGACGCUUUGGUGCCCGGGCCAUGCGUGCCUGUCUCGAAAGCCACCACGCUUCGAAAGACCAGCAACGCAUGCUUGCAUCUGCCAUUGCUCUCCACAGUGUGCAGCUCGCAACGAAUGCCAACGGUGCUCUCCUUCUGACCUGGUUCUUGGACACUUGCACCUUCCCUCGACGUCGAACUGUACUGGCCCCAAGGCUAGUCCCUCAUCUGGUGCACCUUUGCACUCACAAGGUUGCUUAUUUGACUGUCCUCAAGGUCAUCAACCAGCGGAACGAGCCCGAGGCCCGCGAAAUUGUACUGAAGGCUCUGUUUUUCAGCCCCGGUGACGAAGUCUUGGAGAAAAUCUUGAGUGACCAGACCUCAGGAGCUACAUUGAUUUUCAAGGUCCUGACCACUCCUUUCUUUGACGAGUCCAUGCGUGCCGAGGUUGUGAAGAAUGUUUCGAAGGUCCUUACCAAGCUCAAGGCUACUCCAAGCCAAGGGUACAAGCGCUUGAUGGAUGAGGUUGGUCUUUCUUCUCGCGGCGGUGCACGAGACCAUCACCAUGGACGGGAACACAACACGUCCAACUCUGAGAAACAGCAGCAUCGCCCCACAUCGAGGCAAACAAACCCGAACUACCCGUCACAGCCUGCUUUGGAGAGACAAUAUAGUGGACAGUUUGCUCCCAACAUGCUGGACAGCACAAGGCCUAUUCCCGCUGAGCAACCACCAGCUGCCUCGCCCUUUGAUCCUUAUGCAGUCAAUGGACUCGGCCCAGCAGGUGCGAUGAAUCCAUUGAACGGCCUCGGUGGAGCCAACGGUGCACCAUUCAACCAGGAUCCCAUGAGCCAGCAGCAGCUUCAAUACCAGGCCUAUUUGGCCGCGCAGUCCCGGGGUGUCUCGCCUGCUGGUCUUUAUCCGCCCCUGGGUAACUCCAACUUUGGAUACCCGGGUGGAUCGCCUUCUGUGGAUAACCUUCGCCAACACGCUCCUCUUUCCACAGCUCCUAGUCAGAUGAGUCCUGGCUCUAUGCUCAACCAGCAAGCUUUUGCGCCCCAGCAAUACAGCCCUGUCCUGAACACGGCUCAGAUGUAUCAGUAUCCUCCUCAGUUCUAUUCUCAGACGCAGCCUGUACCAGGGCAGCCUGCUGGAGGACGGCGUGGACGUGUGAGUCAUUCCUAG